AUGUCUCGGAAGAAACUUCUCCAACUGCUUCUCUUCCUUUCCAGUUACGCAUCUGCCCAGGAAUCCCUUUCUUCGGCGGCCUGCGUGGUAUUGUUAACUAACGCCAUAUGCUUUUAAAAAGCCAUAGAAAAGUUUAAAAGACCUUGUAACCCAGAAGAUUCAUCACUGACAUAUGGGAACAUAUAAAAAUUAGUCUCAACUCGCAGGACAUCGAACCCAACGGAUGGACUGAAGCGAUCAACGAUUCUUAUCAUCUGGAUUGUCUUUUUAGAGAAGAGCCAACCUUGUGCGAUACGGAAUGGCUCGAAUGCGGUCAGGGCAAAUGCUGCAUGUGUAAGUUGAUCGGUAUAAAAACCUCGAAACCGGGGUUUUUCAGCGGAACUGGCUUGUGACGGCUUCAUAGGAGAUUUCCCUCAUCUUUGCCAAGAUUCCAGCGACUGUUCUGUUCCUAGCGACAGUCCGGAAGGCGCACAAUGCAUUGAAGUCAGUCUUUUCGAUUUUGGCCGGUGACGUGAAGUUCGUUUUCCAGGGAGUCUGUUGUCAUUUGCCGAGGGAGCUUCAUAAAAGAUUCUUGAAUCCCUUGAGUCCACCCAGUUACACAUUACACAAAUUAUGUUGAAAACGUCUUCUUUUUAGGUUUGAUCAAUCUAGGAAAACAACUUCAAGCCAGUCUUGGCAAAUUGCCAUUCGUUGGCUUAAACAAGGUCCUUUCGAUGGGCGACUGUUUCAGCGGAGAGAUGACCAGUGUCCCGGUCUGUAUGCUCAGUGGUGAGUGCACCCGACUUUAAAUGAGUUGCGCGGUUGUGCAAAGUACCCCACUUAUAACGAGUUGCGCGCUUGUACGAAGCACCCGACUUAUAACGAGUUGCGCGCUUGUGCGAAGCACCCGACUAAUAACGUGUUGCACGCUUGACCAAAUCCCCGACUUAUAACGAGUUGCGCUCUUGUACAAAGCACCCGACUUGUAACGAGUUGUACUGGGCACCCGGCUUAUAACGAGUUGCGCGCUUGUACACUGAUAAAUUAGAGCGGGUGAGUGUCGAAACUAGAUGAAUUUCGGCAGACUUGAGGCUGUAUCCAAAGCGAUCACAACUAUUCAAGUGGUGAAAAAUUUGAGAGAGCAUAUCGAAACCAAGAAAUCUAUAAUUAUUUAAAUCCUAAACAAUAUCUUUUUGGGCAACUCUAAAAGCUGCAACUCGGACAGCGAUUGUGCUUCUGACGAAAUAUGCCAGAAACCACCGUUUCAAUUUGAAAUUGAGCCGAACGAUGAUCCCAACGAGAGUACUUGCGAAGAAGGUUGGUUACAAGAAGUUGUUUAAUGUGACUGAAAAAGUUCAGAUCCGAACUCUUGGGAUAUACCGGAUUUAUCCGGUUUUCCCGGCAUGCCCGGCUUUCCAGGCAUACCCGGCAUUCCCAUUCGCGGCAUUCCUAUUCCCGGCAUUCCCAUUCCCGGCAUUCCUAUUCCCGGCAUUCCCGGCAUUCCUAUUCCCGGCAUUCCCAUUCACGGCAUAAACAUACCAAAUUCCCAAAUAUACCCAACUUCUCGCUUUUCUUCCCUGGUUUUGGGUUACCUGACUUCUCUUGGCCUUCUGGUGGAGACGGCAGUUCCGGAGGAUCUGGGUAAGUUUUCGAGAAAGAUAGGCCGAAUAGUAGCUUUUUGACCAGCAAAAUAUUGGUUCUGGUAAAGUUGAAUCAUUUUUUUGCAGUUCUAGCAGAGGCAACGGCGGCAACGGCGGCAACGGUGGCAACGGCGGUAACAGCGGUAACGGCGACUCAAGCGGAUCGAAGUGAGUUAAUGAGUCUAAAAAACCAAAAACGAUGAGAAAAAAAAAUAGAGUUUUCAAACUAAUCAGUAAGAAAUGAACUUUAUUUACAGUUCUAGCGGAGGCAAAGACGAACCCCAAGGAACAGGGUGAGUUAUUUAGACUUAUAUACCAAAAAAGAUAUGAAUAACAAUGGAUGUUUGAAAAUAAUCCGUUCGAAACAAUCCUUUUUGCAGUUCUGGCGGAGGCAACGGCGGUAAUGGCAAACCCCAAGGAACAGGGUGAGUCUAAAAAACCAGAAAGGGUAUGAAGAAAAGUAGAAUAUUGACUUAAUCAAUCAAAAAUAACUACUUCUAGCAGUUCUGGCGGAGACAACGGCGGUAAUGGCAAACCCCAAGGAACAGGGUGAGUCUAAAAAACCAGAAAGGGUAUGAAGAAAAGUAGAAUAUUGAUCUAAUCAAUCAGAAUGAACUACUUCUUGCAGUAAUGGCGGAGGCGACAGCGGCAACAGCAACCCUCAAGGAACAAAGUGAGUCUAAAAUACCAGAAAGGGUAUGAAGAAAAAUAGAAUAUUGACUUAAUCAAUCAAUAAUAACUACUUCUUGCAGUAAUGGCGGAGGCAACAGCAGUCCCACAAGAACAGAGUGAGUAUACAUACUAAAAUCGAUGAGAAGAAAAAUAGAUUUUUCAAACUAAUCAGUAAGAAAUGAACCUUUUCUACAGUUCUAGCGGAGGCGGCGGCGGCACUGGAUCCGGAACAACGAAGUAAGUUUGAAAGACCCAAAAAUCAAACUGAUAUAGAAUGUAGAACAAUAUUAUAACAGAUCACAAACUUUUUUUGUAGGAAUCCCAAUGGUAGCGGCGGUAACGGCUCUGGUGGUUCGGGCAAAACAACGUAAAGCCCCCAAAAGGGACCAGGAGGAAAAAACAAAGGACCAGGAGGAAAAAACAAUCUCCCUUUUUCAGUCCUGCUGGAAGUGGUGGCAAAACUACUGGUGGACCUGGAUCGUGAGUUCACAGAAAGAAAAAAAAACAAAAAGCUUUUUCAGUACUCCUAGGAGCACUGGAAGCAAUGAUGGUGGUCCUGGACCAGGCGGAAAAACGUGAGAUCUCAAAAUGAUACAGUAAACAUGUUAUUUUUGUUUCAGAACUGCUGGAAGCACUGGCAGAAAUACUGGUGGUCCUGGACCAGUCAAACCAACGUAAGUUCUCAAAUCUAUGAAGUAAAGACAUUUUACUCACUGCAGUACCGCUGGAAGUAUUGAAAACAGCAGUAGUCAUGGACCAGGCGGAGCAACGUAAGAUCUCGAAACUGAGGCUUCGAUAAAGAUUUUACGUUCUUCAGAACUUCUGGAAACGUUAGAAACAGCACUGGUAGUCCUGGACCAGGUGGAGCAACGUAAGUUUUCAAAAAUAUAAAGUAAAGAGUCAAUGAUUUCAGUACCCCUGGUAGUGUUAGAAACAGCACUGGUAGUCCUGGACCAAGUGGAGCAACGUAAGUUCACAGACUGGGGCUUAGAAAAAGUUUUUACUGUCUGCAGUACUGCUGGAAAUAGUGGCAACAGUAAUGGUGGCCCUGGCGGAGUGACGUUAGUUCUCCGAAAAUGUAAAGUAAAGUGAUUACACUGAUUUCAGUACCCCUGGUAGUGUUAGAAACAGCACUGGUAGUCCUGGACCAAGUGGAGCAACGUAAGUUCACAGACUGGGGCUUUGAACAAAAUUUUAUUUCUUACGGUACCGCUGGAAAUGGUGGCAACAGUACUGCUGGUGGCCCAGGCGGAGCAACGUAAGCUUUCGAAACUGAAAAAAAAUAUUUUCUUUUUUCCAGAACCUCUGGAAGUUUUAGAAACAGCACUGGUACUCCCGGACCAGGCGGAGCAACGUAAGUUCACAAAACUGAAGAUUCGAUGAAGAUUUUAUGUUCUUCAGAACUAUUGUGAAUAUUGGCAAUAGCACUGGUGGGUCCGGAUCCCGCGUAUCAACGUAAGUUCUCAAAAAUGUAAAGUAAAGGGGUUACACUGGUUUCAGUACUCCUGGAAAUGUUGGAAACACCACUGGUAGUCCUGGCGGAAUAACGUGAGAUUUCAAAAAGAUGAAGUGAAGAUAUUUUACUUGUUUCAGCAUUGCUGGAAGCACUGGUAACAAUACUGGUAGGCAUGAACCAGGCGGAGCUACGUAAGGUCUCCAAAAAGGUAAAGUGAAGAGGUUUUAAUUAUUUCAGUACCCCUGGAAACGUUAGAAUCAGCACUGGUACUCCCGGACCAGGCGGAGCAACGUAAGUUCCCAAAACUGAAGUUUCGAUAAUGAUUUUACGUUCUUCAGAACUGCUGUGAAUGUUGGCAAUAGCACUGGUCGUCCCGGUUCAGGCAAGACAACGUGAGUUCUUCGAAGAAAAAAGAAUCAGUAAUUUUUUUCAGUACUGCUGGAACUAUUAGAAACAGCACUGGUAAUCCCGAACCAGGUGGAGCAAUGUAAGUUCUUAAAACUGAAACUUCGAAAACAAUGUUUCUCUUAUUAGUACCGUUGGAAACGGUGGCAACAGUACUGGUGCCCCUGGCGCAGUAACGUAAGAUUUCGAAAUGAUGAAGUAAAGAUAUUUUGCUUGUUUCAGUAUUUCUGGAAGUACUGGAAACAAUACUGGUAGGCCUGGGCCAGGCGGAGCUACGUAAGUUUUGAAACUGAGUCUUUAUAAAACAUUUUACUGUCUGCAGUACUGCUGGAAAUGGUGGCAGCAGUACUGGCGGCCCUGGCGGAGCAACGUAAGCUUUCGAAACUGAGAAACAAAGAUAUUUCCCUUUUUCCAGAACCUCAGGAAAUGUUAGAAACAGCACUGGUAGUCCUGGACCAGGUGGAGCAACGUAAGUUCACAAAACUGAAGCUUCGAUGAAGAUUUUACGUUCUUCAGAACUUCUGCGAAUGUUGGCAAUAGCACUGGUCGUCCUGGUUCAGGCAAGACAACGUGAGUGUUUCGAAGAAGAAAGAAUCAUUAAACUUUUUUCAGUACUGCUGGAAGCCAUGGCAACAAUACUGGUAGUCCUGCUUCAGGCGGAGCAACGUAAGAUCUGCAAAAAAGUAAAGUGAAGAGGUUUCAAUUAUUUCAGAACCCCUGGAAACGUUAGAAACAGCACUGGUAGUCCUGGACCAAGUGGAGCAACGUAAGUUCUCAAACUGGGGCUUUGAUCAAAAUUUUAUUCCUUACAGUACCGCUGGAAAUGGUGGCAACAGUACUGGUGGCUCUGGGUUAAGCAAGACAACGUGAGAUCCUUGUUAAAAAAAAGAAUCAGUGAGCUUUUUUUUAGUAGUGCUGGAGGCACUGGCAAGACUACCGGCACUCCUAGACCAGGCGGAGCAACGUAAGUUCGUAAAACUGAGGCUUUUAAAAGAUUUUCAUGUUUCCAGUACCGCUGGAAGUUUAAGCAACAGCACUGGUGACCUUGGAUCAGGCAAGACAACGUGAAUCCUCUUGUAAAAAAAAAGUCAAAGAGCUUGUUUUUUUUAGUUCUGCUGGAGGCACUGGCAAAACUACUGGUAGUCCUGGACCAGGCGGAGCAACGUGAGUUCUUAAAACUGUAAAAUUUUGAGAAUUGACUUACCGCGGAAAGUGUUAGAAACAGCACUGGUGGCCCUAGGUCAGCCAAGACAGUGCGUUCACAAAAGAAAAAAAAAUCAGUAAGAUUUUUUCAGUACUGCUAGCAGUGCCGGCACCAGUACGGGUGGCCCUGGAUCAGGCACAACAAAGUAUGUAACCAAAUUCAAGAAAUUCAUUAUUUUCUGUUCACACAGUUCUUCUGGAGCCAAUGACACUUGGCCGAAUUGGCCUUGGCUUCAGAAUAAAACUAACGGUGAGUUGUUAUCUUGACUUUUUUUUGUAUUUUUGAACAUAUGAGCUUAUUUAUCGCUCUUUUCACUUCUUUUUCAAUUAUUUAUUGAUUAUGUUCAUGUGUGCAUCAAAAAAAUAGAAGAAAAUACAAAAAAAGAGCGGUUGCCGAGCUUUUUAAAUAGUCGGCGGCGAUCGAAUUGAACUGGCGCCAAGAACCGCGUACGCACACGCUACGCGUCCCCCUUGCCCGCCUCCCUCGCCUUUCGAGUCGGGAAACAUUGACUACAACAAUGAAAUUUUUUUAUUAUAUCAGUUUUACUUCAAUUGUAAUAUUAUAUACAUCUUUCCAAUUCUCUACAUAAUUUGAGCAAAUAACGAAAAACUCCUUUAAGGACGUUUAGGGGUGAGUAUCAAAAUAUUCCAUUUUAAGGAUUACCUUUUUGCCUCACCCCUAUGAGGGCUUCCCAAAGAGAAGUUCAGCUAUAUCAUAAUUUGAGAAAGGAACAUUUCAGCCAGUUUACCGCCAUGGGAUAAGCCGCACUGGCCUUGGACCAAAUACUGGCCAGCAAUACACCUUUAUGUCUUACUCAAUUCCACUACCACUACUACAGAGUCUCCAGGUAUUUUUAAACCUCUUCCCUAGUCAUAACCACUUUCAGACAUUUCUGAGGUAGAAAGACCGCAGUCAAUCUUCCGGAUCAAACCGAAAGUGAACUCUUUGUUUGAAAUAACCAUGAGAAAUCGUUACAGACUCUGCUUUUUGGACUGGGAGCUUUUUUGCUGACUCUGUUGCUCCUCCUUGCCGCGUUGGCAGCUUGGAAAGGUCUCCAGUACUUGAAGAAUCGUAAGAAGAAGAAGAGACCGGAGGACAAAGUGAAAGGAAAAUCGUCAGGUCAGUUUUAGCUUGACGAAAAAGCACGUAAGCACCCGAUGCAGUUCCUUCAGAAAAUAUACAAAAGUUUCUAUCACAUUCUUUUUUAUAAGGAAUUGAAGUUUCCUUAACUUUCUGGGUUUGGGAUGGUUGUUAUUUGUAACGUUAUGGAUUAUGGUCAUCAAAAGUCGUGAGCAAAAAUUCUAUUUGUAUCUUCUCAGGUAAAAGUUGAGAAGCUUCUUCUCUCGGUCCCUCGGAAGCCGUUUGGAAGCUUCCCAGCAAGUAAUCAAAUGCCUUGCACAUACCAUCCCAACACCCUUACUCACCUUCCAGAAGCCAGCUGCAAGGCUUUUGGCAGGCGUUUUCAAUUUUUUACCUUCCAAUUACCAUCUGAACAUCUUCCCAAAGUCAUCUCAACCCUUCUAGCUUCCAUUUUCCUUCCAACCUCCUGCUGGUUACCUUCCCACUGAAUUUUCUGACUGCCAAAAUUCGAAUUUGAAAAAAAUCUGGGCGUUUCAAAACGUGUUGACCAAAGCUUAGUCGAGGAACAAACUUUUUAAGAUCCAAUAAAAAAGAAUCUUCAGGCUCCCGAACUACGACGCCAACCGGAAGCAAGGAAAAAACGAAGAGUAGAGAAAAGUCGACUGAGAAAACCGCUAGCAAGGAAAAAACGAAAAGUAGAGGGAUUUCACGUCUUUUGAAGGAAAUCGAUGCUGAGGGAUGGAUCGAAGCAAGGAAUCAAAGUUUUGAUGACGACUGUCUGGUUGGUAAACCACCGGAGAUUUGUAAUUCGAAAAACCUCAAAUUUGGUCUUGGGAAAUGCUGCGUUUGUAAGACCUUUUUUUGAAUAUGAAUAUACAUAACCCUAUUCUCAGCGCUGUCCGCAUGUGGUUCAAGGCUAGAGUAUAUUCCACAACUUUGUCGAUACGCCAAAGACUGUACCAGUUUAACACAGGAUGCUUCUUGUAUCGAGGUGGGAACUUUCAGAUAUUGGUAACCAAUUAUUGGUUGAAAACCCUUUUUUCAUUUUGAAAAAAAAUCAAUGAAAUUCCAGGGCGUCUGUUGCAGUGCUCCGACCGACUUGUAACGUCAAAAAGGUAGUUUAUGUCUGUUCCUAAACACUUGAUCCAGCUUUAUUCAUUUUCAAAAAAAAUCUUAAUUUUCAGUCUCCAAAAUCCUCGGCGCUGCAGGUUCGGUGAUAAACACCGUGGGCAGUUUGAGUCCAGUGAUAAACACCGUGGGAAAUUUGAACCCAGUGAUUAACACCUUGGGUGGUUUGAACCCGGUGGUGAACACCUUGAACGCUUUGAAUCCCGUCGACGCGCUGAAUAAAUUGAACCCACUGAAAAUGCUGACACAGCCGAUGGAAACGUUGAGAAACCUCGGCCCACUGAAAUACUUGAGCAGCAGCUGCUUCUCCGCCUCUGCCUUCUUUAAGGGCGUCGGACCUGCUGCUUUGAACUGCUUGAAAGGUUUUUCUGAUUUUAUGAACCUCUCUUAUUAUUGACUCACAAAGAUAGCCUACGAAAAUGCGGAUCUGGUUGCUCGCCGGGAUUUCUCUGUCAAAUGCCAUUGUUCAAAAUCAAAACGAAGAAGGGGAAGGUCAAAGGAAAGAGGUGUAUGAAAGGUUGGUGGUCUUUAUGAUUGGUUUUUCUUCCUACUUGAGUAUGCUAACUAUCGUGAGCUAUUUCCUUGACUUUCAGACCCUCGUAAGGUCAGAGAGCGACGAGCUUCGCCACCACCGUCACCUCCACCGCCCCCUCCACCUCCACCUCCACCUCCAUCUCCCUCUCCAAAAACAACCAAAACAACAUCCACUCCAACUUCAACUACAACGACAACUACAACUACGAGUACAAGUACAACUACGACCACAUCCACGACUACAACUCCUACAACAACUAA